AUGGAAUACAGGGUGGACUCUAAGGGCUUCAGGGAGCUGGAGCUUGAAGAUCUGCUGGAGAAGACUCACAGGAGAGAGGAAGAAAUGGCAGCGCUACAGGAGCGUAUCAUGGUCUUAGAAACAAGUACCCGAGUUGCCUUGGACCAUCUAGAGUCCGUUCCUGAGAAACUGAGCCUUUUGGAAGAUUUCAAAGAUUUUGGAGAAUCUCAUCGUCAGAGGGAGAUAAUUGAAGAGAGAUACACUAAAUACAAGGAAAUUGUGGGCUCUCUACAGCAGCAGCUGGAGGAUUCAAAGCGCAGAAUCAAAAACUUCAAAGAUGAGAAAAUGGAUGCUGAUGUUUCCGACAUACAAGCGGCAACUCUCUCCUCCAACUGGCGGACUAAAACCAGCUUUAUGUCUAGCUCACUGCUUUCAGAUUCAGGCUCAUUUAUGAGAAGAAUGGUUCCUUUCGAUUUAAAUACAACCAAGGAAGAUCCCAUUAGUAUUGCUGUCAAUGAAAUGAAGUCACAAGCAGAAAAAGAGAAGCACUAG